GGGUUAAGCAGGUAGCGGUCGAUUGUUUGAACGCUUUAGAUGUGGAUCGCCGUCGUUGUCGGACACUAGUUUCGGUCUCGACACCCUGAUGCGACUGCGGUGUUAGUUUUUGUUUCAUAAACGCAUCUUGCCGUUGUCGGCGGCUUCGUGCGCGUGUGCCGGCUGUCACUCGCGGCAAAACUUCGCUCAUAAAGGUCCCUUCAAUCUAUCGCGACGCUCGCGAGGAUUCUCAUCAGCCAAAGUAAUGGCGGGCAACUUUUGGCAGAGCUCGCAGUACCAGCAGUGGCUGCUGGACCGGCAGGACUUGUUACGCGAGCGACACAGCGACCUGCAAGUGCUGACCGAGGAAGAGUACCACAAGCUGAUGAUCUUCUUCGCCAACUUCAUCCAGGCGCUGGGCGAGCAACUCAAGGUGAAGCAACAGGUGAUAGCCACGGCCACCGUCUACUUCAAGCGUUUCUACGUGCGCAACUCGCUGCGCUGCGUCGACCCGCUCCUAAUGGCGCCCACCUGCAUCUUCCUCGCGUCCAAAGUGGAAGAGUUCGGCGUCAUCUCCAACAGCCGCCUUGUGACCACCUGCCAGACGGUGGUGAAGAACAAGUUCUCGCACGUAUUCCCGCAGGACUUUCCUUACCGCAUCAAUCAUGUGCUCGAAUGCGAGUUUUACCUUCUCGAGAUGAUGGACUGCUGUCUCGUGCUGUACCACCCUUACCGGCCGCUGGUGCAGUACGUCCACGACAUCGGUCCCGAGGACAGCCUGCUGUCGAUGGCCUGGAAAGUCGUCAACGACUCGCUACGCACGGACGUGUGUCUGCUGCACCCGCCGCAUCAGAUAGCCCUAGCCUGUCUCCACGUCGCUUGCGUCAUCUUGCAGCGCGACUGCAAGCAUUGGUUCGCGGACUUGAACGUCGACAUGGAGAAGAUCCUCGAGAUAACGCGGCAGGUCCUGGGACUCUACGACACCUGGAGGAACAUGGACGAGAAGAAGGAGCUGCCACCUAUCCUGGCCAAGGUACCCAAACCCAAGACUCAACCCUCGAGACCUCCUUCGCAAGGACCCAACGACCAAAACUCGACGCAGCAACCCAGCUAGCCUCUGACGCCAGCGGCGCCGGACUGCUUUCAGCGCGAUGCUGCCGCUAAACAAUAGUGAAACGUGAUUAUGAAACGGCGCAGCGAAAAAACGUGGCGAUGAAGAAGACAAAUAAAUGCGCGGAAGCUACGGUUACAGGAUAUGCGAUUUUCCUUGGUGACGCAAGAAGAAUUCUUCGUUAACAUUAUUCUCGAUCGAAAUUCGGUACUUCAAAAUUCUGCUCACUAGUUAAUCGUAUUCCCUAUAAUCGUAUUAUAGCUUAUCUCUAUUCUAUAUAAACUAUUCAUUGUUCUGUUUCUGUUUAUACCCUAGGCGACCAAUCUAUACCUUAUCCUUCGUCUCAUAUUCAAAAAUUUUCUCCUACAUUAACCGCCGGUUUUGUGGUCAUUCCCCCGUAGUGGGUAUGAGCUGCCCAGAAGUAAGGUGCAAGCAAGCAAGACUAACGUCUUUUUCACCGUCGUGUUUCGUGUUUUUCGUUGUGCCGUUUCAUAAUCAUGAACCCAUACCAGCUCGCCCAACUAUCAGUGCUGCUGAAUAGUGAAACAGCCGGUGUGUAGCAUUCGUGCCAUCAGCUGCAGCUACGGCUCGGUUUCCUGGGCCCUACUAUAGUUCCUGCACGCCGAAUUUUCCCAGCUGCGAUCUGACGUGCAACUCGCGGUUCAUUCGUGAACCUCCUUUGUGUGUCAAGUUCACUUCGCCACUGUGACGUGACUUUUAUGUGGCAGCGAGCUGAACUAGCAUUGUAAUUCAUUGUUCAUGACCUCCUAUCAUCGCCAUGACACGAUGCAGUGUGUAAUUUUCAUUUAGAACACACCUGUCCCAGCCCAUCUCAUUUUAGAAGAGCACUUUGGAAACGGAGACUAUGUACGGGUAAUCUUGCUUCUGCUUGCAAUAACAUAGUCAUCCACUUUACUGGCACGGAACAUGCAUUUCACGUGAGGUGCAUGCCGUGGAAGUUGAGUGGUGAUGUUCUGCUCAAUGUAGGGGUAGCGUGUUGAACGAUGGAGAAUGCAGAAAAGACUGUGUGCGUAUGUUUCGUGAGAUAAUGGAACAACCACGGGUUUUCAAGGUUGCAGUAAUACCUCGUUAACUCGACGUAGUCAAAUCUGAAAAAAAAAUUCGAGAUAAGUGGGAGUUUGUGUAAAGCCAACAUGACACCCUUCCGAUAUGGCGCUGGUAACCGCCGACUUUGUCAUAAAAGCUCGGUGUACCAGUUCUGGCCCUUAACCAAAUACGAAAAGCAUGAAAAGGCGUUAGCAUCAUAAAAUGCAUUUCUACAAAAUACCGGCCCUGGUUUCACUUUUUCAUGAUAUCACGGCUGUGCGAAGAAGUACAAAAGAACGUAUCAGUACUGUCUCUUUUCUUUUUUAAAGAUUUUUACAGUCUCGGUUUCAAGAUAUCUGGAAUUCGGCACAUUGGCGUUUCGACAUAAGGGGUGCGAAACCCAUGGAAUUGACACAGUGCCAGAAAAAAAUUCGACCUAUCUGAAAAUUCGAGAUAUCAGAGUUAACGAGGGUUUACUGUAUUCUGAAGCAUCCCAGCAUGCCAUCCUGUAAAACCAGUGGUCAGUGCCUUCCCGACUCUGCUAGCCCCAUUGACUCGCGUCAUGAAGAGAAUAUUUAAGACACAUUGCAGGUACCCGCCACAUCCCACUUCAUUUCCUUUCAUUUUGCGAUGCCGGUGAAUGAGUUCAGCGCAUGAAUGUUAAUAAAAUGAAUUGACGACGAAGCUGUUUCGAUGGCUAAUAUGCUUAAUGCUAAACACCUGCAUCACUGCAAGGUGUUCUCGUAUCAUGGAUUCG